AUGGACUCCAGGCUGUUUGUGGGACCGGGGAUACCCACCACCAAGACACCUGCCUGGGUCAACAUCAGCCACUACAACCCCCAUCGGCUCCAGGAUCUGGCUCCGAUUUACUCCACAACAGUCUCCAUGGUGCCGCGGUACCCCUUCCCCACCGCCAACGUCCCGGACCACGCCCAUUACAUCAUCGGCGUGGUCAUACUGUUUGUGGGAAUCACGGGAAUCCUGGGGAAUUUCCUUGUGAUCUACGCUUUCUGCAGGAGUCGAAGCUUGCGAACUCCUUCCAACAUCUUCAUCAUAAACCUGGCCAUCGCAGACCUCCUCAUGUGUCUCACUCAGACGCCAAUUUUCUUCGUCAACAGCAUGCACAAGCGCUGGAUCUUUGGACGGAAAGCCUGCGAGUUGUACGCGUUCUGCGGAGCCCUGUUCGGCAUCUGUGGGAUGAUGACCCUGAUGGUGAUCGCCGUGGACCGGUACGUGGUCAUCACUCGUCCCCUGGCCUCUCUGGGCGUCAUGUCCCGGAAGAAAGCCAUGGUCAUCAGCGCCGUGGCCUGGCUCUACUCCAUGGGCUGGAGCCUGCCACCUUUCUUCGGCUGGAGUGCGUACGUUCCUGAGGGCCUGAUGACGUCCUGCUCCUGGGACUACAUGACCUUCACGCCGUUGGUGCGCUCCUACACCAUGCUCCUCUUCACCUUCGUCUUCUUCAUCCCUCUGGGCGUCAUCAUCUUCUGCUACUUCUGCAUCUUCAGGGCCAUCCGACACACGACCAGGGCAAUAUCAAAGAUAAAUUGCCAUGGAAACAGAGACUCGGCCAAAAAGUUCCACAAAAUGAGGAGUGAGUGGAAGAUGGCCAAGAUCGCUCUGAUCGUCAUCCUCCUCUUCAUCAUCUCUUGGGCCCCGUACUCCUGCACCGCACUCACUGCGUUUGCCGGGUAUGCGGACCUGCUGUCGCCUUACAUGAACUCGGUACCAGCUGUGAUCGCCAAGGCCUCCGCCAUCCACAACCCCAUCGUCUACGCCAUCACUCACCCCAAGUACAGAUCCGCCAUCAGUCGGUACGUGCCCUACCUCGGCGUCCUCUUGUGCAUCCCGUCCCGCGACCGCUUCACCAGCAGCAGCUUCCAGUCCACGCGGCGUUCCACCCUGGCCAGCCAAUCAGAGAGCGCCCACCCCAGCAAGGCCCAGUCCUCCCAGUCUGAGAGCGAAUCAGCGCGGUUCUCGGACACGGAGGAGGACUUGGCCGCGUCUGCCCCGGCCAGUCGGCAGGGGUCCACGGAGGUCCGGCAGGGGCGCCACCCGAGCCAGAGGUCCAAGCUGAAGGUUUACGGAGCGGGAGAGAAACACGUGGGCUACGACCUCAGCGACAGCAGCAUGUGUCAGCUCUCACAGAUCUCAGUGAGUCCCUACCAUGAAAGCCCCACGGCCUCUGGUGCAGAUGGCGGCCUCAGUCUGGUCCAACACGGGUCUCAGAUUAUGGCCUGA